AUGGCGCCCUCGGCAGCAGUGGCACCCUCAGCUGCAGUGGCGCCGUCAGCAGCAGUGGCGCCCUCAGCAGCCGUGGGGGCCUGGUGGUUCGGUGUAGUUACUUGUGCUUUUAGUGUAGGUGCUUGUGUAGUCACUAGUCCAGCCGUGACGACUGCUGUUGCGUCGCUCUCCUUCACGCUGGACUCAGGACCAGCACUCGCUUGCAGGUCGACCGUUCUCCUGUCCCCGGCUGUCCUUUUUGGUUUCCUCACUGGUCUCUACAUCCCCUCGUUCUCUCGGGUUUUGGUAGCAGAGCCCGGUCAGGUGACUGUGUCCCCCCAGGUAGCAGAGUCCGGUCAGGUUACUGCGUCCCCUCCGGUUGCUGUGUCUAGUGAGGUUGCUGCGUUUGGUCAGGCUGCUACGGAGCGCUACUUUCUAGUGGUCGUUGACGACUACUCCAGGUACACCACGGUGUUUCCUCUCUCGAAGAGGUCCAAGGUGACUUUUACGCUGAUCCGGUGGCUUUUGGCCACUGAGGGCACUCGUGGUGGUCAUGUCCGUUGUCUCCACUCCGACUGUGGGGGUGAGUUUCGCUCUAGCGUCCUUGCCGAGUUCUGCGGCGAGCAUGGCAUAAGACAGUCCUGGAUGCUGCCGGAGUUCCCACAGCGGAAUGGGGUUGUUGAGUGCCGCAUUGGCUUGGUCAUGGACAUCGCCCGCACGUCCAUGAUUCAUGCCUGUGUGCCCCAUUUUCGGCGGCCCUACGCGCUUCGCUACGCCGCGCACCAGCUGAACCUCCAGAGGUUUCACCGACCCGUCUUUGGACCGGGUCCCCUGCUCUCGGCUCGCGCCAUCCCCUGUGUCUUCCUUGGUUUCCCGGUGUGUUCUCCCGACUACUCCUUUCACCACCCGCCCCUCCACCAGUUUCUUGACUCUCGUGACGUCCAGUUUGACGAGUCCGUGUGCUACUACACCCGGUACCCCUAUCAAGGUAUCCCGGUCCUCUCUCCCCCCCUCUUCCUCGCACCCCCUCCUCCCCCUGCCCCCGCUCCUCCGGUACCCCCGUCCCCCCCUGGUCCUGCCCCGUCAGGUACUGCCACUGGUGGUCCUCGGUCUGGGGGCGCUCGUUCGAGAGGUGCUGGAGCUGGAGGUGCUGGGGCAGGUGGUGCUAGCUCUGAGGGUGCUGGAGCUGGAGGUUCUGACACUGGAGGUGCUAGUUUUGGGGGUGUUGGAGCUGGAGGUGCUAGUUCUGGGGGUGCUGGAGCUGGAGGUGAUGGCACUGGUGGUGCUAGUUCUGGGGGUGCUAGAGCGGGAGGUGCUAGCACUGGCGGUGCUAGUUCUGGGGGUGCUGGAGCAGGGGGUGCUGGCGCCAUAAGAGCUGGUACUGAGGAAACGGGAGCUGGAGGCUCGCCUACUGCGUCGCCCACUGCGCCUCCCCACCGCCACGACACCCGUUUCCAGGCCCUUUGCCGGCUUGAGCGCGAGGAGCAGGAGCAGUUGGAGCAGGAGAGGCAGGAUCGUUGUCCUCCACGUGAUCGGCCCUCGUCUCUUACCGACCUCCGCACCGUCUUGUUUUGUUCUCCUCCUCCUCGUUCUCCGCCUAUAUCUGUUCUCCCCUCACCUCCUACAUCGUCUCUCACCGUUGCCUCUCACCCUAUCACUGACUAUUACCGUGUUGCUCGCCCUGUUGUCUCUCGUGCUCUCGCUUCACUUGUCACCGACCCUCGUGCCUCUCCGUCGCCUGCCUCGGCUCUUACUGCCGCUGUCGCUGACUUUGCUUCCACCCCCCAUCUUGACUAUGCCACGCGUGUGGUGGCUUCUCCACCUCUCCGCCCUCUGUCCGUUGGGGGUGAGUCUGCCCUUGGUUGUGACGUCCUAGAGGACAGGCAGUUUGAGCUGGACUUCCUAGCAGCCGCUUCCCCCUCUCUCUGCGCCAUACUGCUUUCCCUUGAGGGAGACCCCGAUGCCCUUGACAUACCGACACCUCGCACGUAUCGUGAGGCAGUGUCAGGGGAAUGGGCCUCUCAGUGGAAAGCGGCUAUGGACUUGAGUUAG